AUGUGGCAUUUCGCGCCAUCCUCCGACAGUCUUACGCGGCCGCGAAUCGCCGUCGCCGUCGUUUCCGCCAUCGCGGCCGCGUCUGUAGGCUACUAUGCAUGGCAGUCGCAGGGCGACUAUGACAAUGCUCUGAUCGGCCAAGGGCUCCAUCGGAGCAAUGCCGUCCGACGCUCACGACGCUCCCGUCGGGCAUCCGCCUCCUCCUACGCCUCUCACACCGAUGAGAAUAAUGCCCUUGAACCCGCCCAGGCCGCCAACGACGGGGACACACUUGUCGAGGAGUGGUGGAACGAUCCAAACGUCAUGCAGCCGCCGGCUCGCGCUGGUCACAACAUUGUCAGCCUUCUCUUCCGCGUCUCCGAGGACAAUGCCCGUCGCAACGCCUGUGUGCAUCGAGGCUGCGCCUGCAAUUCGUGCGGCAUGGUACCCAUCAGAGGCGUGAGGUACCGGUGCGCGAACUGCGCCGACUUCGACCUCUGCGAGACGUGCGAAUCCCAAGGCGUCCACAUCAAGACUCACAUAUUCUACAAGAUCAAGAUCCCUGCCCCUCCCUUCGGUCCUCGUCAGAUGCAGCCCGUCUGGUACGCUGGUGAUCCAGACACCUGUAUCAAGAAUCUGCCGCGGGGCCUCAUCAAUAAGCUCAGCAAGGAGACCGGCUUUGAGCGACCCGAGAUCGAGGCUUUCUGGGAGCAGUUCACCUUCAUGGCCAACACGGAAUGGAGGGAGGAUCCUGAUGGUCUGCAACUCGCCAUGGAUAAAAAGACGUUCGAACGAUGCCUGGUCCCCUCGGGCGGAUCGCGACACGCCACGCCCAAUCUUAUACAUGACCGCAUGUUCUCUUUCUACGACACGAACAACGACGACCUCAUUGGCUUUGCUGAGUUCCUGCAAGGGCUAGCGUACCGAAAACGCCGCGACAAGCUGCGCAGGAUAUUUCAGGGCUACGACAUUGACGGUGAUGGAUUUGUCAACCGCCGCGACUUUCUACGCAUGUUCCGCGCAUAUUACGUGCUGUACAAGCAGAUGCAUCGCGAUAUCCUCGACGGACUCGAUGACCAGCUCAUGGGCAGCCAGGAAGCCCAGCAACUUGUCACCAGUCGGCAGCCCCUGAGCAGUCUUUUUGGCCGUGAAGCACGUGUCCCCCGCGACAAUCGUGAUCUGACGGGCGAAGGCAAAGUCUUCCACCCUAACGGGGACGUGGAAUUGGAAGAAGGAGAGUCCAGAGUCAUCAAUGCGGAUCGAGGCGACACCUCGGCGAGGGAAGACGUCCUGACUCGCUUGUUCGCUGCCACAGACAACAUGAAUUUAGGCCACACAUCGUGGCCUGCGCAGAUGGGUUCGCCCGAUAGUCAACCAUACUGGGAUGCUCUGCUCGAUCCACCACGUACCCUCGAUGAGCUGCCCGCCCUCUUGAUAGGUUCUCGACGCCAUGAGGAUGACGAGGAUCCCGAGGAGGCCGAACUGACUAGUCCCGAGGAAGAGAGUGCUCCCGCCAAUCGUUUGGACGGGGGAACUCUUGCCCAAGCAGGAGACGGCUUGCGAGUCGUCAACGGAGAAGACUCCUCCCCAUCGAGAGUUGACCCAAGCCACUACACGAGCACAAUACCGACCGAGAGCCAAUUACGAGCCCGCUUCAUGUCUGAACGAAGGCGACUGGGUUCUGCCGAUCGGAGCCGUCGUGCGGAGACACGAAGGCUGCUCCACGAGCGGUGGAAGAGACGCAACUUCUACCUUGAUGAAGAGGAGGGUGGCGCGGCGCCCGAAGGCUGGAACGAGGACGAGGACUUUCUUGCUAAUCUCAACGGUGUUGCUGGCAGCUCAAAGGCGGUCCAGAACUCAGGGGCGGCACCACGGUCCAGAUCGUCGUCCAAGGUGCGCUUCGCGGCAGAUGGGGCAGAGCAUGAAUCUCAGUCCCAUUGGUCCCAGCCAGCGCACAGCCUUGAGAUCCCGGACGAGGAGCGGGAUGCGGGCAAGGAAAUCCUCUACCAGGUGACGCAGCAGGCUUUUAAUGAGUUGCUGGACGCCAUCUUCAAAAAAAAGGAAGAGCUUGCCUUUGAGGCUGCCGAAACACGAGCGUCCAGGAACAAGUAUCGGUCACUGUUUGAGGACAUUGACGCCGAAGAGCUUGACGACGUCGAAGAGCUUGAUUACACCUCUGCUGAAGGCAGCCCCGUCAUCCAAAAGAGACAACCUGAUGGUCGGUCUCUGGACGAGCUGCUCCACGUCAGCGGCUACACGGUCGACACAGAUCUGGUGCCCGAAGCGAUGCUGAACGCUGAACAUGCAGCGGACCCUGAAGCCAGGCCUGAACCUGCCAGCGAGGAACCAGCAGCAGGGUCCGUUGAUGAGGCGAAAGAUGCGGACGAUGAGCCUGUUGAAGGACCCCAGGAGCCCCACCGGGACCCAACCAUGCCCCAGUUCCGGCCGAACAGUGAUGUCAAGCCCCACGAUGACAAGGCCCAGACGGACGUUGCGACAGCGGCUGGCGCGUCUGGCAAACAAGCCGAAUCGACACUGAAGACCGCAAAGGGAUCUUUUGACCAGGCGGACGAGGAAGUUUCCCACGCUGUUCUGAUCGGUUACAAGCGACUCGACGUGGCAGAAAAGGAGGCCGAGGAGCGUGGCGGCUGGGGCAAGCUGAGCUUCGAGGAGUUUGAGGACAUUUACAAGAGCCACGAGAUUGCCGGAAACCGGCUGGACUACCUGGGCAGCUGGGUUGAUUUCUGCAUUCCUUAG